UAAACCCUGAGAGGUUAGAGCGGCUCCUCCCGGGCUGUGGGUCAGAGUUUCACUGCGCCGCCCCUCUCGGGUCUGGUUCCGGGAUUUCUGUCGGAGUGAGCCCUCUAUCUGCGUUUCUCCUCUCUGGGUCUUGACGUGGCGGCCGCCAUAUUGUUUUGCUGUGUUGUCAGUGGAGAGCGGCGGCAGCUUCAGCGGCGGUGAGUGUCGUUUACCUGCAGCACGGACUCACCUGGGCCUGGCAGAGCUCCAGCCUCAGCUGGCCUCUGUCGGGCCACCUGUGCGCGCGUCCCGUAACUGUCACCCGUGUGACGUCAGUGUUGCAUUUUGUCGCAGUUAGCCGUUAGCUUGAGUUAGCUGUUGUGUGAUGUUGAGAAAACGGGGCUGACUUCGUGUUUGAGUCCUCGGGUUCGGCUCCAGGUGUGCCGACGUCAGCAGCUACCUGUGCCACACGGCUCCUGCUGUCACACACCUGCAGUUGUCCCACAGGUAGCUGCUGACGUCAGUUUUUUAAGUGUCGCAGGCGCAGCAUCUUUGAUCUCUGACCUGCUGGACUUUAAAUCCUCAAAGGUCGCGCAGAGUCGGUGGGCGCCGGUGAGGUCACGUGUUUAAGAGUGGCACUAUCUUGAUGAUGAUGAUUCAGGGAUGAAGCCUCAGAUUCAGGCGUGACGUUAGAAACGCUCCCAUAGUGAGCCCAGAGGAUCCAGCAGGACCACAGGGACCCGCAGCCCGCCCACCAGACUCUGUUCGGUUUCUGUAGGAUUUUGUGUUCGGCUCGUUUUCUGGAGUAGCAGCUGGGGAUUCAUUUCUCUGAGUUUCCUGCGAAGUUCGGCCUGAGCUGGACUCCAGUGUGAGCAUUAGGACUCUUUCUGGAACUUUUUCAGUUUAAGAGUGAAGUGUUACUGACCUUUGACCCCAUAUCAGCCUGUUUGUGUCGGCAUCAACCAGACGCUAGGGAGAAACUUUUUUUCUGAUUUUAAUUCUUUCUGUUGGUUCGUUAUUAUUAUUAUUGUUGUUGUUGUUGUUGUUUGUGCUUUAUGAAGGUUUAGCAGUGACUCGUUUUUCUGCCACACGUUCAAAGAACAUAAAAUCAUUUCAACGUCACCAUAAAAAUCGAUCUUGCAGGUUCAGGCGCUGCCUGCUGUUUUUCUCUUUUAGUAACUGCUCACCUGGAGCUGUGCCUGUCUUUGGGUUUGAUUUUUUUUUUUUUUUACCUUUGAGACUCACCUGUGUUUAUGUCUAGAAACUAGAACCAGUCAAAAUGUGGGUUGGGGGCACGACAGGUAAAAUUGCUACCAGGUCACACAUAAACACGGACACCCGUUUGAGAUAGCAGGUGUUUGCACCAAAACAUCACUUCAAUCCGAACCAACGUAACUUUAGAAGAAAGUGGGCGGGGCUUAUCCCCACGCUGCCAAUAUCACUGCACUACCCUCACACUGCCACCCACCCCCAUCCCCUCCUCCUCUCAUCAGCUUAUACCCAACAGCGUGACCCCCCCCCACCCCUCCCACUUCCUGGUGUUGCCAUGGCAACCUUUCCAGAGUACAUCGCUCAGAACGAGGAGCGCGACGGCGUCCGUUUCAGCUGGAAUGUGUGGCCGUCUAGCCGGCUGGAGGCGACCCGGAUGGUGGUGCCGGUGGCGGCUCUGUUUACCCCGCUGAAGGAGAGGACCGACCUGCCCCCGAUCCAGUACGAGCCAGUUCUCUGUAGUCGCGCCACCUGCCGCGCUGUGCUCAACCCACUCUGCCAGGUGGACUACAGAGCCAAGCUGUGGGCCUGUAACUUCUGCUACCAGAGGAACCAGUUUCCUCCAUCCUACGCCGGGAUCUCUGAGGUGAACCAGCCCGCCGAGCUGCUGCCUCUGUUCUCCACCAUCGAGUAUGUGGUUCAGAGGGGCCCUCAGAUGCCGCUGGUGUUCCUGUAUGUGGUGGACACCUGCAUGGAGGACGAGGACCUGCAGGCGCUGAAGGAGUCUCUGCAGAUGUCGCUGUCUCUGCUCCCGCCCACUGCACUCGUGGGACUCAUCACCUUCGGACGCAUGGUUCAGGUGCAUGAGCUCGGCUGCGAGGGUAUCUCCAAGAGCUACGUCUUUAGGGGGACCAAGGAUCUGAACGCCAAACAGCUGCAGGAGAUGCUGGGUCUCACCAAACCUUCAGCCGCUCAGGGACGAGGACCUCAGGCGGCGCCACAGCAGUCAUUCAACAGGUUUCUGCAGCCGGUGCAGAAGAUUGACAUGAACCUCACCGACCCUGGGGAGCUGCAGCGCGACCCCUGGCCUGUGACGCAGGGCAAGAGACCACUGCGCUCACUGGGCGUCGCCAUGUCCAUCGCCGUGGGGCUCCUGGAGUGCACCUUUCCCAAUACUGGCGCACGCAUCAUGACCUUCAUAGGCGGCCCAGCGACACAGGGGCCCGGCAUGGUGGUGGGAGACGAGCUGAAGACGCCGAUCAGGUCCUGGCACGACAUCGAGAAGGACAACGCCAAGUUCAUGAAGAAGGCCACCAAACACUACGAGUCUCUGGCCAAUCGAGCGUCCAGCAACGGUCACAUCAUCGACAUCUACGCCUGCGCCCUCGAUCAGACCGGCCUGCUGGAGAUGAAGUGCUGCACCAACUACACCGGCGGUUACAUGGUGAUGGCCGACUCCUUCAACACGUCUCUGUUCAAGCAGACCUUCCAGAGGGUUUUCACCAAAGAUGUCCAGGGAUCCUUUAAGAUGGCCUUCGCCGCCACGCUGGAGGUCAAGACGUCCAGAGAGAUCAAAGUGUCCGGCGCCAUUGGCCCCUGCGUGUCUCUGAACGCUAAAGGACCCUGCGUCUCCGAGAACGAGAUCGGCACAGGAGGAACCUGUCAGUGGAAGGUCUGCGGACUGGAUCCGAGUACCACGCUCGCGCUUUACUUCGAGGUCGUCAACCAGCACAACGCGCCGAUCCCUCAGGGCGGCCGCGGGGCGAUCCAGUUUGUCACGCAGUACCAGCACUCGUCAGGUCAGCGACGCAUCCGGGUCACCACCACCGCCAGGAACUGGGCCGAUGCUCAGACGCAGAUUCAAAGCAUCGCGGCGUCCUUUGACCAAGAGGCGGCGGCCAUCCUCAUGGCGAGGUUGGCAGUGUACCGGGCAGAGACGGAGGAGGGGCCGGACGUGCUCAGGUGGUUGGACAGACAGCUGAUCAGACUGUGUCAGAAGUUUGGCGAUUACCACAAAGACGACCCGAACUCCUUCCGGUUCUCCGAGACCUUCUCCCUGUAUCCCCAGUUCAUGUUCCACCUGCGGCGUUCGCCGUUCCUGCAGGUGUUCAACAACAGUCCUGACGAGAGCUCGUAUUACCGACACCACUUCAACCGGCAGGACCUGACGCAGGCGCUCAUCAUGAUCCAGCCGGUGCUCUACGCCUACUCCUUCAACGGUCCACCUGAGCCCGUCCUGUUGGACAGCAGCAGCAUCCUGCCCGACCGAAUCCUUCUGAUGGACACGUUCUUCCAGAUCCUCAUCUACCAUGGAGAGACUGUGGCUCAGUGGAGGAAGGCCGGCUAUCAGGAUAUGCCCGAGUACGAGAACUUCAAACACCUGCUUCAGGCUCCGGUGGACGACGCCCAGGAGCUGCUGCACACGCGCUUCCCCAUGCCGAGAUACAUCGACACGGAGCACGGCGGCAGCCAGGCUCGCUUCCUGCUCUCCAAAGUGAACCCCUCCCAGACCCACAACAACAUGUACACCUGGGGGCAGGAGUCCGGUGCUCCGAUCCUGACAGACGACGUCAGCCUGCAGGUGUUCAUGGACCAUCUGAAGAAGCUUGCUGUCUCCAGCGCCGCCUGAGGGUGCCAUCGGCUCACCUGUCCUCACCUGUUUGCUUUUUGUUUUCUUGCUGCCUGUGUUUCCAUGGCAACAGUUCACAAACACCAUCAACCAAUCAGGAGCAAGUUUAGAGUUUUACCCUCACAGUGUAGAGAUGCUAUUGUUAAUUGGCCUUUUAAAAAAAAAAAAAUGAAGUUGCAUUUGAUUGGUUGAUCCUCUCAGACAGCGGCAGUGAUAGCUUUCACAAUAAAAGCCUCUGUGUAGCUUUAGUCUGUGCAGCUUUUAAUGUGAAACAACAGCAGGAAGCGGUGGCUGUCGGAAGUUUUUUUUUAUAUUUGGCUAAAAAAUUUUAAAUUGAUUUUAAAAUUUUAACAAGUGAUUUUUUUUAAAUUUAGGAACAGGAAACAGGAAGUGAGGUGUUUUGUUUUUUUAGAAAGCGUGUGAUGUCACUGAGCGCGCGACGCUGCCUGCUUGUGUUUGAACACUAACCGAGAACGAACGCAGAGGUUCACCUCGCCACUGUUCUCGUCUUUCUAAUAAAAUCUGCAGAAUUUCA